UUGCUGCGGGGUCCCAAGAUGGCCGCCGGGCGGCCCGAGGACGACGGCGACAACGGCGACGAGGAGGAGGAGGAGGAGGAGGAGCGAGCGACGGGGUCCGCGGCCACAGCGAGGAUGUGGAGCGGACUGUUACCUCCUGGGGUGAGCGAAAGCGACGUCGGGUCGGAUUCCGAGGACGAAGCCGCCCCGGGCAGCCGCGGGCUCGGUUCGAGGGAAGGGGAAGAGGGCGAGGCGACAGAAGAGGUCGCGUCGUCUCGCUUAGCCGUAAGCGGACCUGAAAGGAUGGCAGAGACGACGGCAAAAGCGGUCUGCGAAGAACGUCCCGCUGGAGUUUCCCCGCAGAUGUGGGAUAAAUUUCGAGACCUGCAGAAAAAAUACGUUGAACUGAAAAAUCAACCAAUUCCGAGAUGCAGAAGGAGAAAAAGAAAGCGUGGGAAAGAUCAAUUGAAAAAUGAUGAAGAAGUGGCUGGGAGUCAGCAGUCUUCAAAUGAAGACCAGUGGAAGGAGCUAACACAGUAUUUUGGAAUAAAUGAUCGAUUUGAACCUCUCAUACACAAUAAACAUCUUCAGAAGUCAGGCCUUGAAGUCAGCAUAGACAAGUCUGUGGCCGAAGGGGAUAUUGAAAAGGCUGAGGAGCUGAGUAACAGAUUAGCCACUCGGGAGCUCGGGGUCAAAAUCGCCAAAGCCGUUUCUUGCCGCAACUUCGUUCAAGCCAAAAAAGAUGCCGAAGCCUCCCAGGAAGCUCGGAAAAAGAAGAAACUGGCCUGGGGGUUUGAGGCGAAGAAGAGGUGGGAAACCAAAAGCAACAUGGGAUAUAUGUAACUAAAUCAAGUAUUUUUCCAGUAGCACUACACACUAGAAGCAGCUUUUAUUGUUUCGGUCCCUUAUGCGCUCAGCUUCGUUGUGAAAGUGAGUAGAUGGCAGUUAUUGAAACUAGACACAAGGUUUGUAGUUAAUUCCUUGUCUUUUAAAUCUCCUGAAUAACUGAAUGUCGGCAUAGUCUACGAAAACCAGUGAAAUAAUACCAAAGUGCUAUCUGUGAAGUUUAGUUAUUCGGCAAUGUCAAAUAAAAUUUUAGAUUUUACGUUUA